AAUCUGGUAAUUUGUACAUUAAUUGUAAGUUUAUACAAUUGAUCGAUCCCUGAGUAGUGACCAGUGAUUAGAUAUUAUUAUAAUACUCAGUUUUCCUGUCUACGCCGACUGAGACGUUAGUUUACCUUAGACGAAUACUACACUAGGUACCCUCUCAAUAUCUAUUUUACAGGACUUCAUCAAAUCAUAUCAAGAACACAUUAUUUGUCUGACUAGAACGUAAGUAUAUUUCCACCGGAAACCAAUAAUGAUAAGGAUGGGAAAAUAUAUAACUCAUCUAAUACCUGUCAGAAUAUUUGCUAGUCUAACCGAGCAAACAACCAAUCAUUUUUUUCGCCCACACCUCAGAUACUGUCGAUCAAGUUGCAAUCUACCCGCUACUCUGAUUCGACAUCGUGCUUCAUGUCAGCUGGAGGUAGUUGACACCAAGCCCAAAAUCUUUCAUGAUUAACUAGCUUAUAAUUUUAAGAUAGUACGAUGCACAACAGAUAUUUGAUAGUUUUUUACUGUUCUUUUUAUUAUCUGCAGCUUUACAGAAAGUGACUAAUGAAUGAAACAAAUUCAGAGGACGAAGAUGGGAGAUUGGAUACAAAUCUAUCGGACUCUUUCGAUGACAAACAUGAUAAUUUUAGAUUAUUUAAAGCGUAUAAAGAAGGUCAGUUGGAUUUGAACAUUUUAAGUACACAGGAAGCAAUUUCAGCUGCGACCGCCGCAACAGUUGAUAAUGCUACAAUGUCAUCAACAUUAACAUCAAAAAACGGUCAAAAAGAUGAGACUUCUUCAAAUCAAGGUAUGCCGAAAUCUUGGUGUGCGCCUCAGUCAUCAUCUAGUGAAACAAACCAAUCAGUAUCUCCUAACAAACAGUUUACUUUGGGUUCACUUUUGAAACCUAACUUGAUAAGUGAUAUUGCUAAACCUGUUUGUGAAUCUCAGCUGCCAUCUCUAUCACGCGUUCUUGUCUCAUCUGCUAACUUAGCGGAAGAAAACAAGAGAAUACAAACAGGACCAAUUUUAACUUCUGGAAAUGCUAUCCUUGUGAAUCAGCGUCAGAGAGGUAAUCCUGUUUUAAAACAGAUACGUAAUGUUGCCUGGGAGUAUGCAGAUGUUGAUCCGGAUUUUGUUGUAGGAAGAAAUAAUUGUAUAUAUUUUCUAAGCUUACGUUAUCAUAAUUUAAAUCCUGAAUAUAUAUUUGAACGUUUACGUCAAACAAAACAACAUUAUCAAUUAUCUGUACUUCUUGUUCAAGUGGAUGUACCAGAUCCAUACUAUCCUUUAAAAGAGUUGUGUAAAAUUUGUUGGACUGAAAGAUUAACCUUGAUGUUGGCUUGGAAUAUGGAAGAAGCAGCAAGAUAUUUAGAAGCUUAUAAAGCCUUGGAAAACAAACCUCCAGAUAACUUAAUGGUAGAGCCAGCCGCACAAACAGAUCAUAUCGCACAAGUUACAGAUUUCUUAACUUCCGUUCGACGUAUCACAAAAGCUGAUGCUGUUUCAGCGUUGAGAAAAUUCGAUACUGUAGCCGACAUAAUACGAGCUGAUCAAUCAACUUUGGAGAAGUGCCCUGGUUUCGGUCAGCUUAAAGUAUGUUGAAAUUUUCAAAUAACUUUAUGUUGAAUAGAUUUAUAAAAGCUUUAAGGGGAGUUCAUAUUACGUAACUAUAGGUCUUAUUCAUAACCUGAAGGCCGAGUGAACAUUUCGCUCUUCAGAUAAUUCUGUAGUUGUAAUACACUUAUUGAACAAACCGUCAAUCGUAUGUUUCUACUUAGGUAAAUAAGCACUGUGUACAUCUUCAGUUCAUUUAGUUUCCGAUUAGUUUGUUAUAAAAUUUCACUAAAAGAUGAUGGUUGUUACCAUCGUUAGCUGUGAUUAUUCUGUAUUCUGUGCAGUUGCAGAUUACUGAACAUACUUUUGGAAUUUCAACAAUUGUGCAUUUUCAGUUUGUUUGUGUGUUCAAGAAUGCUUCAUAGUUUCUUCAGUUGUUGAUUCUCUUAGCGAUGUUUUCGGAGUUUGCUUGUUGGUUAUGAUUUGUUGUAAUAAGCUCUUUGUAUUUCACGUUCGUGGUCCUUCUUAACUACAUAAUCCAUUGUGAAUGCUAUAUUGCGAAUAAACCUAAGUGUUAUUCGCGAAUAAGUUGUACAGUAAUAACAGAGAUCAUGGUAAUACCCAGUAUUCACAUAUGUACUCGAAAUGAACUGUGUGUAACAGAUAUUAUUAUCUCAAAAUUAUUUCUAACGUCGUUACACGUAAUAACAACAAGCUUUCCUUUUUCAUUUGCAGGCCCGUAAACUCACUGAAGUUUUCAGAAUGCCAUUUAUAAAGAAAAAUGAUAUGAAAUAGAGCAAAAAACAUUCUGUACAUAUUUUGCAUAAAUAAAAGUUUCUAUUCUAAUCGAUAACUAUGAUUCAAUAAUAAACAACACAGUCUUUAUAGUGUUCUUUGCGUUGAUAUAUAAAACGGUUGAUUAACAAAUUAUACCACCAUUUUAACUAUAAACGUUUCGGCGUGACUAUAAUUUAUGGACGAACCAA